AUGGAAGAAAUGUUUAAUGUAUAUAAUAAUAAAAAUAAAAAUUGUAGUAGUUUAAUAGUGGUUAAUCAAAAUGAUAAUGUAUAUAAUAAUAGUAAUAUAAAUAAUAAUAUAAAUAAUAAUAUAAAUGAUAAUAAUAAUAAUAAUAAUAAUAAUAAAUUAGGAAAAUUGUUUUUAAAGGUUUGGAAGAAUAAAAUAAUAAGAAAAGAAAUUAUAAGGUUUAUAAGGUUUUUAAAUCAAAAGUAUUAUAUGAAAAAGGAAUUUAAGAAAUUAAAGUUAUUUAGAGAAUCAAAAGAUAAAUAUUAUUUAAACUCAAUAAUUAUAGAUGGUACAUUUGACGAUGACGAAAGCUUGCUUACGUUUUUAAAGAAAUUACCGGCAAACGUAGAUACUCUAGAGCUAAGGAACAUUGGCAAAUUAUUAGAGAUGAAAGAUUUGGUUCUGCCAUUAACAUUGAAAUCUUUAAUACUCAAUAACACAAUUUUAAAGAGUUUUAACGAAUCAUCAAACUUCCUCAAUAGAUUAUUAAUAAAAAAGUCACCAAAUAUAUCGCCGCUCAGUGGUUUAACAUGCUUUGAUUUAGGUUUUAAUAAUGAAAAGGUAUUAUUGGAUCAAAAUCUACCGCCAACCUUACAAAGAUUAAUCAUUCGACAUCAAAUCACCAGACCAAUAACCAAAGGAAUGCUCCCAGAGCAAUUACAAUCCUUAGAGAUUCAUUCAGAAUACCAUUAUCCAGUAAUAUAUUUACCAAAAACUUUGAAACAGUUUAAAGUCUCAUUACAAAAUACAUCCAAUAGUUUCUUAGAUCCAAUAAUACUAGAUUUUAUACCAUCAGGUAUUACUGAACUCUUACUAUACCGUGGUUUUAAAAGUCCAUCAAUUAAGCCAUUUAAUGUUGAAGCUGUUUCAAAUUUAAAAAAAUUGGUAUUUUCAUAUAAUAAUAAUAAUAAUUAUGUUGAUAAUAAUAAUAGUAGUAGUAUUAUUUAUAACAAUGGUAAUAAUAGUUCAAUCAAUCAAAUUCCCUAUUCAUUACCAAAAGAUUAUUUAAAUAAUAUUGUUUGCAAUUUAUCAAAUACCUUUACAUCAAAAUUAACAUCAUUAGAUUUAUCAAAUAAUAAAAGCUGUAAACAAUUUAAUACAGGUUUUUUACCAGAGUCAAUAGUAAAAUUAAGAUUGCCUUUAGAUAUAGUAUUAGAGCAUUCAAGUAAAUCAGGUUUUCCAUCAAGCCUUACAAGUUUAGAGGGGUCUUCAAUUCAUUUAUUUUCAAAAUUUAAAAAUUCCUUAAAUAUAAAAUAUUUAAAAAUAACUUAUUUCAAAGAUAAUAAUAAUAAUGGUGAUAGUAUCAAUAGUAAUGAUAGUGACAAUGCGUUCAAUAGCAAUGGUAAUAAUAACAGCUCUAUAGAAUUAUUUAAAAAGUUUCCAAAUUUAAAAUCAUUACGAUUUCUAUAUUUUGAAAAACAUUUAAACUCAUUCUUAAAAUUGGUAAACUCCUCUUCACCAGAUUGCUUUGUUAAUUUAGAGUUAAAUAGUAUUUUCAAACAUCACAAUUUUAAAGACGAAAAUUCAUGGCCGUUAUUACAAUGCAAUUUAAGAACACUAAAAUUAGACGAAAACUACACAAUGUUUUUAAUGAAAAAAGCAAUCGAAUCAACACCAUUAUCAUCACCAUUUCCUGCAUCUGUCCAGUUAUUAGAUUUGAAUUUUAGAGCAUCACCAUUAUUUGAUAGUCCACCAAUAAGAAAAGAAAUAUUACCACCUGAUAUCAAAGUAUUGAUUAUUAGGGGUAUUUAUAAACCAGCAGUUUUGGAAUUACCAAAAUCACUAGAAAUGAUUUGGAUUCAACAUAACAAUUCAGUAUUAAGAGAUUCUUAUUUUAUGAAGAAAUAUUCGAAUCUAAUAAGAGUAUUUAAUUCAAAUGAUUCAAGUACUCAUCGUUCAAAGAUUUACAAAAAUUUAAAAAAUCAAAUUUUAGACGAAUAA